AUGUCAUACCACCGCUUUCUUCGCUCCUCCUCUCCCCCUCCCGGGCUCCCCUCCUCCCCCCCUCCUCUUUCAGGAUCAGCGUGCUCCCCCCUGUCUUCAGCUGUGCUCAUCCGAGUGACCAGCGAGGCCGAUUUCAUCAAGCGCAGGAGCCACCUUCCCUCCACCUCCGUCAUUCUGGAGCUUCAGAACCACGUCACGCUGAAGCGAGGGCUGCUGUUCGGGCCCAAGUAUGCGUGCACAAUCCUGCGAUCGGGAGGCAAGGCCAAAGGAAGGGGGUAUCGGCUGUACGUGCAUCUGGUGGAUGAGCCGAUACUCCGUAUAUGGAACACCAGCAAUGUGAUUGUCUACCGCGUGCAGAUGUCGCAGCCGUUCCGAGCCUACUCACGAGCAUGCCCCAGGGAGAUCCCUGAAGUGGGAACGGACAUCAUCUGCCCUCUCAUCCACGUCUACCGCUCCUACGGCGUUCAGAUCGUUAAAGGCUACACCUUUGGGCGGGUGGACAUGAUUCGAAGUAUGCACAGCCGGAUCGACUCGAUGAAGAUGACGGCAGUAUCGGAUUUCAAGAGGGGCAACGGAGUGAUCCGAGUGAUGCUGUCGGGGUAUGGGCCGCUGCUGGUGCGCUGCUAUAUCUACGUCACCAAUAAUGAGAUUUACGGGGCCUACCUGCCAGUGCUGUUCCAGUUUGGAGUGGUGGGAGCUGUUUUCAAGAACAACCACGUGCAUGACUACGUGUGGGCUGCCAUCACGUGUGGCAACAUGGUGCAUUUGCAGGUGAGAGGAGUUGCUAAAAAGGCAUGGGGAAGGCAACUGCACGCUCCACACCAUCUCAGAUCAGAGAACCUUGUUGUGGCAGCAGGAAGCAACCUCAACGUCUCCCAUUCCAUCCCGCCCUCGCCCAUCCUCUCCCCUCCCUCCCAGGGCAACUGCAUGCUCCACAAAAAGACCCGGGCAACUACUGGGACCGCAUGCGAGCCAAAUACUACAGCAGUGCUGCGUUUCAGCAGAUAUGGCCCUGGAUGA